UCUAUAUAAAACGGAAGGUCCAGCAGCGCCACAUACUUGGCAUUUCAAAACCAGAGAAAAUCGCGCGGACAUCAACAAAUAUUCCAUUUUCUUUUCUUCCAUAUUUUCUCUCCAUCCAAACACAUCUCAUUCAUCCUCAUCGAUCCAUUCCAUUUCCUUCUCGUUCAUAAAUAGCUACUCCGCUCACCGUAAUCGCUGCUUCUUGAUCGAUCAUUCACUCGCACAAAUUCCGCGGAUUUGUGGUUUUUUUGGGGGAUUGGGAGGGAGGGAGGCUAUGGUGGAUGAUAGUGUCUGAGGAGGGUGGUUAGUUUCGAGGUUUCAAAUGGAUUCGGCGAGGAGUUGGUUACAGAAGUUACAGCCACGGGACAAGCUGAGGACUUCUUCUAGGAAGAAGGAUACGUUUGAUGAAGGUAAAGAUGAGGCCAAAUCUCCAGAAGAUGAGGAAUCUCUUUCCAAUGCCACCAAGCAGAAAGUUGCUGCGGCCAAGCAGUAUAUUGAGAACCAUUACAAGGAGCAAAUGAAGAAUCUACAGGAGAGGAAGGAGCGACGAACUAUAUUGGAAAAGAAGUUGGCUGAUGCUGAUGUUUCUGAGGAAGAUCAGAACAACUUACUUAAGUUUUUGGAGAAGAAAGAAACUGAAUACAUGCGCCUGCAAAGGCACAAAAUGGGUGUUGAUGACUUCGAAUUAUUGACAAUGAUCGGCAAGGGUGCAUUUGGGGAGGUUAGAGUUUGUAGGGAAAAGACAACAGGCCAUGUAUAUGCCAUGAAAAAACUUAAGAAAUCAGAGAUGCUUCGCAGAGGCCAGGUUGAGCAUGUGAGAGCUGAAAGGAAUCUGCUUGCAGAGGUUGACAGCAAUUGUAUUGUAAAACUAUAUUGCUCUUUUCAAGAUGAAGAAUUUCUGUACCUUAUCAUGGAAUACCUGCCUGGUGGGGAUAUGAUGACUUUACUUAUGAGAAAAGAUACGUUGACAGAAGAUGAAGCUAGAUUUUAUGUUGCAGAAACAGUGUUAGCUAUUGAAUCUAUCCAUAAGCACAAUUACAUUCACAGGGAUAUCAAACCUGAUAACUUGCUACUUGAUAGAUAUGGACACUUGAGGCUGUCUGAUUUUGGACUGUGUAAACCAUUAGACUGCAGUACCAUCCAAGAAGGGGAUUUUUCAGUAGUGAACAACAGUGUUAAUGGGACUGGACAGAAUGAAGAAGGGCCAGCGGUUCCAAAGCGCACACAACAGGAGCAACUACAGCAUUGGCAAAAGAACAGAAGGAUGCUUGCUUACUCCACUGUUGGUACACCUGACUAUAUUGCUCCAGAAGUACUGCUGAAGAAAGGUUAUGGGAUGGAAUGUGAUUGGUGGUCACUUGGUGCUAUUAUGUACGAAAUGCUUGUGGGAUACCCACCUUUUUAUUCAGAUGAUCCUAUGUCAACCUGUAGGAAGAUAGUAAAUUGGAAGACUCAUUUGAAAUUUCCAGAAGAAGCUAGACUAUCUCCAGAGGCUAAGGAUCUUAUUAGUAAACUCUUGUGUAAUGUCAACCAGAGAUUGGGAUCAAAAGGCGCAAAUGAAAUAAAGGCUCAUCCAUUUUUUAAUGGUAUUGAAUGGGAUAAGCUUUAUCUGAUGGAGGCUGCAUUUAUCCCUGAGGUCAAGGAUGAGCUGGAUACUCAAAAUUUUGAAAAGUUUGAAGAGGCUGAGAAACAGUCCCAAACUACUACUAAAACUGGUCCAUGGAGAAAGAUGCUUUCAUCUAAAGAUCUCAAUUUUGUGGGCUACACGUAUAAGAACUUUGAAAUUGUGAAUGAUUAUCAAGUGCCUGGAAUGGCUGACUUGAAGAAGAAAAACACCAAACCAAAGAGGCCAUCGGUGAAGGCACUUUUUGAGACGGAGUCAGAGACAUUGGAAUCAUCAGAUACUACUAGUGAACAAUCUGUUCAAGGGAGUUUUCUGAAUCUCUUGCCUCCCCAACUAGAAGUAUCUGAAAAGCAGAAGGAUUCCCUCUAACCCUUCCGAUCACUUUGUACUGUCUAAUGAGGAACUCUGUUCGGUUAACCAACUACAAUUUGACCUCCAAUUAUUAAAUUUUCAUUCUUAAUGUUUCUCACCACACUUGGAUGCGUUGCUCUACUGACAGUUGCGUGAAGUUUGAGAGGCUUAAUCUCCAAAACCUUAAGGAAGUGCUGGCUUUCACACAGCUGAGGGAAUGAUUCUCCAAGUUUUCUGGGUUAUAAAGAUGAAAACAAGACAGGACAAAACAGUAGAGAAGAUACUAAUUCAUUUACUAUUAGAAUGUAAUAUAUUUAUUUAUUUUUAUUUUA